AUGUCCUCAGGCCAAACGGACGCCUCUCCCACUGUGCAAUCGGCCAGAGGCCGUGGAUGGUUUCAGGCAAAGGGCGAGGGUGCCUUCAUCUCGUUUGAGCAGCGUUGGCAGCCAGGAACAUGCUGGCAGCUCCUCGACUCUGGCGACAGACCCCGUUUGAGGCCUUGCAUUCCCUCGUUGGCCGCUGUUGUUCAGAAAUGCGACGAGGUGAUCACCGAGGCAGAUCCCUUGGCGUCGGGGACCGUCACGAAAAUACCGUCGAUACCGUACAUACGGCCGUAA